GACGCGGUAACACACGGCUGGGCCGGAGGCCGCUGCUCUCGUGCCGAGGGCCGGCUGCCCUGCUGUGUCGGGCCCGCUCCGGCCGCGUGCAGGGCGGGGGCUCUUGCAGAAGCCAGGGCGAGCUGAACUCGAACGGGCUCGCGCCUGCCUGCCGAGGUUCAAAGGCUUCAGCCUCCUGUGGCUGCGCAGCUCCCGAGUCCCUUCAGAGGCGCCUGGGCUUCCCCGGGCCGGACCCGGCGCCUUUUGAGCGCCCUCCGCUCCCGCUGACUGCGCUGAGGGUGUCAGGCCCGUGGGGCUCGGGUCUUUGCUCAGAAGAAGGAAAUGUCAGCUCAGAUUUAAUGCAGUCAGUGGCGUGCAUGGCUGUAAAAUAACGGACAGUCAAAUUGUGUGAAGGGUGGUCGCUGUGUAGGUCCCAGGAUAGGAGAGAGAGGAAGGUUAAGUCUUUGGUCAUAAUACAAUGGAUGCACAAACCAGAAAAAUGGCUCAGUUAUUGGACAAUGAUCAGUUCUUGGAAAAAGUAGGUGUAAGCGUGGGAUCUGGCACAGUUCCGGUGAAAGGCCGACCAUCCUGGCAUGAUAUUACAAUAACAGAUUUGGAGCCCGAUAAUGGAUUACUGGUUACACACAUCAACCAGACACAAGACCUGCUGAGAGUGCAAAAGAGGAAAAUGCGAUCCAGUGAGGUGCAAACCACAGAAGAAUGGCUAAGAAACCACAGUUUAGAAUCCAUGCAAUUAACAUUAGAAGAUCUCCUAAAGAAGGGCAAUGUUGUUUUGAAUGCAAGAAACGCCACAGAACAGAUAGAGUUUGAUGCCAAGACAGUUGUUAAUUUUGAAUCCAAGCUGUCUGAAGCAAUUGAACUUUAUCACCAGCGAAUUCAGUGGCUGUUGGAGGACAGCAGAAAGGUGUUUGGCCUUAUAAAAGGGAACAAAGUUGGACUCCUGGUUGAUGUAUCUGAUAUAAGUUGCGGACCUCGACUAUUUGAGUUCCAGAAAGACCUUUUGUGUCUAAUAGACGAACAGCUGUGUUAUAAGAAGCAGUUAUAUUUCCUCUCCUUUGGUACUGAGAUUUCAUCUCUGUGGGAGAAUCCAACAAACAUCAACGUGCGCGUCCUAGAUGAAGCAAGACAGUGGGUGCAGGAGCUGCAACCCAGUGGAGGCUGCAAUUUGCUGAAAGCUUUAAAGAAGGUCCUUACAAUGAGGGAACUGAAUUCAUUGGUUCUUAUUGUAGGAAGCUGCCCUGAUCAGUCUUCGGAAAUAUUGUGUGACUAUAUUCAGCAAUGUACCUUGGGGAGAAAGCUGCUGAUACACACCAUUACAUAUGAGUGUAGCAGUCAUGUUCCUCCUGCUGUUUUAAAGAACCUUGCGAAAGUUGUUGGAGGCCGUUAUCACUGCUAUUCUUCAAAGAGUGAGAAUUACGAUAGUAGUGAUAUUUAUCUGCUACUUUGUGAAUCCCAGAAAGCCAAGAACGUUCUCAGCAGCAUCAAAGAAACUUUCCAAGGAAGGAUUGGUGAUUCAGUUAUUGGUAGAGUACAAGAUAUUUCCACAGUAUUUACCAAAUUAACGCCUGCUAGUUUGCUACCCAAGCCUCCAAAGCAUGAAGGACCUCUUGUUGUACAAAUGCCGAGCUUCCUGGCCAAAACCUCUGCAGGCUGGUUAAAGACAAAUGGAUUGAAAGCCAAGAAGUUAAGCCUUUAUCAAGUUUUGGCUCCUAAUGCUUUUUCACCUGUGGAAGAAUUUGUGCCUAUUCUUCAGAAAACAGUGUCAUCAACUCUGCAUGAGAAAGCAAUGAUGCAGUUUGAAUGGCAUGAUGGGACUGUGAAAAAUGUUCACGUGGACCCACCAAUAUUAUAUGACUAUCAGAAACAGCUUGAUAGAAUGGUGAGAACGUAUGAGAGGCGAAUAGACUGGCUUUCUAUGGCUAGUAGAAGAAUAUGGGGAACUGUUUGUGAACUGAGGGUUGUUAUACUUGUUGAUAUCUCUGUAACAAAUUCCUUGUACAUCAUUCAUAUCCAACAUUCCUUGCGACUUUUACUUGAAGAACAAAUGUCAAACAAGGAUUUCUUCAAUAUUAUAGCAUUUGGAAGUGACAUCAAGUCUUGGAAACCAGAAAUGGUUCCUUGUAAUCCAGAAAAUUUACAAAGUGCCUGGAGGUGGGUGUUGAGCCUGCAGUGCAAAGGCAGUAGAAAUUUCAUGAGUGCUCUAAGAAGAGCAGUGGAAGUAGACCUCAAAGAUAAAGACAAACAUGUAUCUCAAGGACUUUAUCUGCUUACCACUGGAGUUCCUGACCAGGAGAUGCAUGCAGUUAGUACUUACGUGGCUGAUGUCUGUGGCGGUUGUGAUUUGCAGCUUCAUGUCUGUGUGUUCAGUAUAAAUGGUUUUGACCCCAAUGGCAUUAUUCCAUCUCGUUAUGCCAGUCCAAAUGAAACCGCCAGCACGUUUAGAGAAAUAGCACAUGCUGCCAAUGGAAGGUUUCAUUGGUUUGGAGAAACAGGUAUUUAUGAAAGUGAUGAUAUCAGUAUUAUUGUAUCUGAAAUGGAAAAAGCAGUCAACUACUCCCAAAAGUGUGCCUUGCUGGUGGAAUCCUUAAAGCAACGUUCAGGAACUCAGUUGGUUAAUCAGUUUAUCCCAGAAGAAGACUUAAAGAUGCUCUUAAAAAGGAAAAGAACUAGAGCACAGAAAUUGCUGCCUCCUAAACCUACAGCUCUCACUCUGGCUAGAAUGAAUAUCAAAGACAAUCAUGAGGGGGGAAAAAAUGCUGCCUUAAAAGCUCUGACAUGGCGUCCAACUAGUGCCAAAGCAGAAAUCCCACCACCUCAGCCGAUAAAAGAAUGGACUCAGACUUCUGUGAAAAAGAAAUAUAAAUCAAGAAAACAGUCACAGAUCUCCCUCUCAGUAUUUUAUAUUGACAAAGGAAAAAAUGUGGGUGCAGUUUACAGAAAGUAUCCAAAGAAAAAAAGUAUGAGGAGGUCUGUUCCUGUUGCUACACUGCCAAAGGAAGAGGAAAUAUGUUCAAGCAAAGAGUGGUUGAACAAGUACAGUAUAAAAAAGUUGAAGUUAGAGUUGCCCAGAAUUAUGUUUGGUCCCAACUGUGUUCACCAGAAGAAAAAGGUGGAGUCUUUGCACAAGAAAGUGUCAGCAAAAUACUGUACCAUUUUUCCCAGUGUGGAAAUCAAUGGUAUUGUGAAACACCUACAGUUUCAGCCUAAGGAACUAGAAGACUAUGUUGAACAAAUGGAGAGGGUGUUAUGUUGCUAUAUACGAAGAAUACAGUGGCUUCUUUCAGGAAGCCGGCGAUUAUUUGGCACCAUUUUGGAGACAAAAGUAUGCAUCUUGAUUGAUACAUCUGGUUCCAUGGACCCUUAUUUGCAACAGGUCACAAAAGAGCUUACCUCCCUCAUCUGGGAACAGCUAAGAAAGAAUAAUGCUAGGUUUAACCUGCUGAGAUUUGCAGAAGAUAUAGACACUUGGCAGGAGUUUCUUGUAGAGGCUACAGAUGAAACAUGUCAUGAUGCUGUACAAUGGGUGUCAAAAUUCCAAGCUCAUGGCAAUACAUGUGUCCUUAAGGCUUUGCAGAAAGCUUUCUGUUUUCAAGAUCUAGAGGCACUGUAUGUUCUGACUGAUGGAAAGCCAGAUACCAGCUGUAGUCUCAUUCUAAAAGAAGUUGAAAAGAUUAGAAAGAAAGAAACUAUUAAAAUCCACACCAUUUCUUUUAACUGUUCAGACAGAAGAGCUAAUGAAUUUCUGAAGAAGCUGGCCUCUCAAACAGGAGGACGCUACCAUCGCUGUAUUGGAGAUAUGGAUGGACAGUUAGCAGCACACAGAAUGUUGACAGAAGGGUUUGAUGAUGAUGAUGAUCCAGUUUUUCCUUUCUUCGAAGGAGAUGAUUUAAAGAAACUUGCUCAAGAAGUAGCAAAAGCCAGAAGCUUUUUAAUGCAAGCAAAAUCCUUUAGGUUGCUAUUAGAAAAAUGGAAUUUGGACCAAAAGGACAAUUCUUUUUUAAAAAAAAAUCCUCAGGUAACCAGUCAGUACAAAACAAGUCAUUGAUUGUAUAUUUUUAUAAGGAUGUUAUUUCAAAUUAGAAUCCCGUAUUUUCCAACUUUGAAGAGAGUCAUUGCUUAAUGUAAAUAGCUAUUCAUUCCAGCCGUUUUAGUGUUUAGCUCAGUUAGCUUAGCAGCAUGUAACAAAUACAUGCACAAGGAAGUUCACAGGUUGUAAUGUGUUUUGGGAGGAUGAAAAGUGCUAUACAGACACAUGUUUUUAUUAAUUAAGGGCUCCAUGCUUCAGAAAGAAUUAAUAGCAAAGCUCUUUUGGAGGCGUAGUAACCAAUAUUACGUGUUUUUGCUUUAAUAAAAAGAGAUUCUAGUACAUGUCUCUUGGUAACGUGACUAUCAGGUUAUAAAAACUUUGAAUAGUCAAGUACAGUGUACAUGGGUAUCAUCAGCAUCCAGGUAUAGUGGGGUUCAGACAAAUGGAUUCCAAGAUAAAAAUGAGAGCACUGUUUACCAAAAUUUUAAAUGAACCAAAGAUGCACUGUUCAAGCAUGUAUUAACUUAGCUGCUUCAAUGCAGCUCUUCCCUGCUUCAUUUAAUAUGCUAUUUUAAUAGGCAUGCAUUGAGUAAGGAAACCCUUCUUCACUUGAUGUGACUUCAGUGGGACUACUCAUAUGUUAAAAGUUAUGUACUAUCUCUGUACUUAAUUUGUGCAUAUGUUUAGGUGCUUUGCUAGGUCAGGGCUGUGACAGAGGUGAAGACUUUCUGCCAGUUGAAGCCUGCAGCCUGGACAGUAAAUCAGGCCCAGAAUGCACAUACAGUUCAACUUUUGUAAGCAUGGGGAAAUAAUAAGUUUGGAUAAUAAGGGUUUUGAAAAAUUAAGCAAAUUUGCAAUGUAAAUAAUUGAUAAAAUGGGGAUACAACUGUUUAUCCUAACUGAGGUCCAGAACAUUUUUUUAAACUGUAUUAUUGUAAUAAGAAUUGCUUCAAUUAAUUGGCAUUGUAUGUUGAGCCUCUUAUUUGGUUUUGUUUUUUUACGGUUAUUUUAACAGACUCCAGAUAUUAUCCUUGAUGGGUAAAAGAGAUGGUCUAUCAUCCUAAAAAGAAAAUUAUUACCAACAUCUUUAUAUAGUGAUGUCAAGAAACAACUGUUUGCACAGAAAAAAAAAAUAAAGCCUAAAGUUGAAGAGAAUGCAUUUGCCAAAAAUUUUGCAAAUAACCAUUUUCACUUCUUGCUUUAAAUUUUCUCUUUGCUGCCAUCACAAGUAGGGAGGAAAGAUUAUUCUAGAAAUCAGCAGAUCCACAAGUAAGCAAUACCCUUUCAUGCUGAUAAAAUCCAGCUGAAUUCACUAUGGGUCCAAUUCAGCUGUCAACUAAAACCAGGGAGAGACUAUCACUGACAUCAGUGGUAGUUUGUUCAGAAUUCUUUGGUAACAGAGAGAGACUGAACAUGUGUUCACAGGAGUCUUGUGAGAAUAUGCAAUUCAAACUAUCUGCACGGUUCUGAGAGAUGCAGAAUUUUCCAGCAAUUACAUAAAACAUGCACAUCUAGCUACCAAACCCAGGCACCAAGGAUGGAAUCCUGGCCUAACUGAAGUCAGUGAGAGUUAUGCCAUUGCCUUUGGGGCCAAGAUUUCACCCCAAACAUUUAACAGAUGUAAUAUUCAGUAGAAAUGGGCCAGAAAUGUAAAGUCCAGAUAGUGAUCUGAGAUUCCCAAAGUCCAGGUGUCUAUAGAUCCAAAUGUUUUGUUUGGGCCCACCUCAAAUACUAACUGUAAAUGUAUACAUCUGGGAACAAUGAAUGUAGGACAUAUUUACAAGAUGAAGGACUCUAUCUUUGGAAGCAGUGACUGCUCUUUGAUUUGGGGGUUCUGGUGGUUGAUCCGCUGAUAAUGAGCGCUCAGUGACAGUGUGAUCCUGUGGCCAAAAGAGCUAGUGUGAUCCUGGGAUGCAUGAACAGGAGAUUUCCAGUAGGAGUAAAGAGGUUAUUUUACCUCUGUAUUGGGCACUGGUGUGACCAUUGCUGGAAUACUGUAUCCAGUUCUGGUUUCCACAGUUCAAGAAUUAUGUUGAUAAAUUGGAGAGGGUUCAGAGAAGAGCCACAAGAAUUAGUAAAAAAUUAGAAGAUAUACCUUAUAGUGAUAGACUCAAGGAGCUCAAUCUAUUUAGCUUAACGAAGAGAAGGUAAGGGAUGACUUGAUUGCAGUCUAUUCAUUCCUACAUGGGGAACAAGAAUUUAAUAAUGGGCUCAAAGAUAUAAUAUGAUCCAAUAGCUGGAAGCUGAAGCUAGACAAAUUCAGACUGGAAAUAAGAUGUAAAGUUUUUUACAGUGAGAGUAAUCAUUGGAACAACUUACCAAGGUCAUGGUUUAUUCUCUAUCAUUAACAAGAUUGAAUGUUUUUCUCAAGGAUCUGCUCUAGGAAUUAUUUUGGGGACGUUCUAUGGCCUCGGUUUUCUGGCCUUUGAAUCUAUGAACUUCACUUUUAUACUAGCAAAAGACUGUGGAAAGGAACCAAAGUUUUUUAAAUAGUACCCACUGAAAUAAAUUAGGGAGGUUACCUGUAACAUGUGGGGUACUCUUGCCUCCCUUCACCCUUUAUUCCUCUUUCCCAGAGAACUAAUGAGAGAUCUUAUAAUACACAGAAAAAUAAACGGAAAACUGUCUCCCAUUGUCCAAGUGGUGAAAAACUUCAGUUUGAUGCCUCUUCUGAAAUAAAACAAGAAGUGUUUAAUAUUUUUAUUCUGAGUUUUACGUUAAUGCUCACGUAACUGGUACUGUAAUUUAAAUCUGGUUACGUUUUUGCAAUAGACAAAACUAAGCAACUCUUCCCGUUGAUAGUAUAAAAAUGAUUGGUCCAUGUCUGUUUGAAAUAAUCAGAACUCUAUGUAUGCUUUUUCUUACAUUGCCAUGUAGUCUGACAUUGAAUCAGUCACUACCCCACAAUCACUAUUUUUCAGAUUGUAAGCUUCCUUUAAAAUUCAUUUAGUUAUACAGAGCCUUACAAACAUGACCUAAGACUAGUAUAGUACAGUUUUGUCUUCCUGAGUCUGCAGGCAGUCUGAAACAAUAACUCUGAGAAGUUUGAACUUGUCUCUGUUCAGCUCAGUGGGGUCUGAACUCUGAUACCAAUCACAGUUGACAGCACUGACAUUUAUUUCAUGGCUUAUUAUUUUAUUAUAAAUCUACCCAGGAGCUUAGAAGUAUGAGGUGUCCCCUGUGCAGCUGGCAAAAGUUCUAGCUUCUCUCUGAUGCAAAUGGACUUAUUGCAUUUUCAGCACAAAAUUCUGUGACUGGCCACUCAACCUCGUCCAUGAUUAUAGGGGCCUUAAAACUACUGUGACAAUGCUGGGCAGUGCCUUCAUUUUCAGAGAGCUGCCAUUGGUCAUCUCUGACUCCCCAGCUGUUAGAUGACAAAGUAUAAAAAAGGAGGGGUAUCUUUGGGCAUCGUUUCUUGUGAUUUCACUCAUGCUAUAUGUAUAUAAUUUCUAAAGAACUUUGGGAUGACAGGUGCUAUAUAACAAAUGUAUAUUGUUGUUAUGAAUGACUAGGACUAGCUCUGUUAAAAUGACAGACUAUUUAAAUGUUAGAUAUAAUAAUUGAAAGGUGGAAACAUUGAUUUUUGUAGUAAUAAAUGGUGAACUGGGAAGACCACAGUGGGGAGUGGGUUUUUUAUUGGUUAUGUUUUUCUUGGGGGGCAAGGAGUGGCUGGCUUUUAAAGAGAAAAAAAUCUGUUGCCAAAAAGAGGAUGUCAUUCCUCCUUCACUGGUUUUAAAACAAUGGAUUUAAAUUAUGGGCUAGAUUUUGACACCCUUACUAAGGGAGAGUGGAAAUUUCCUUAGCAAAUGGUCCCAUUGAAAUCAGUAGGGCUACUCUCAAAGUAAGAUAUUACGCAGUAUGAAUAAGAGUGUUUGAAUUUGGAUCUGUAUGACGUUGCAAAUCCAGACUUCAGCGAGUUCUUUGUUAGAUGGUGAUUGACUCUUAUUUAAAGAUUUAGAAGCGUUUUCUCUCCCUUUUAAAUGUUUCCUGUGUCAUUUUUCAGCAAGACAUUUCUUGCAUGUUGUUUUUUGUAAGUUUAACUGAUUCAAAAUGUCAUUUGAGUGACAGCUCUGUCUGUACAGAGUAAUCUUUACAUUUUUUCUGUAAAAUUAUGAUUAUUAAUAGUUUAUAUAAUAGUACAUUAAAGCUACUUGUAACUUG